GGGGUAGCGGGGAAAGCUAUGUGCGCAACAAACUACUCCAUCCCAUCAGCUCUUUCCUUGAAAUUUGGCCAUUGCAUGGCAUGCGACAGAUCAGAUCUUUGGCAUCGACGACCCAAGAACUAGGGCAUGAAUGCGAAAGACAUACACAGCAACGAUGUUCAAACUUCCAAUGGCGGGACUUCAGAGACGCGCAGUAUAGUCCAGGCCGAAACACAGUGAUCUUGCUCGUUGAUAUGCGAGACGCUGUUGGAUGCGCGGUCUAUAUUCAUAAUGAGAGCGAUGGCUUUGUGGACAUGGUCGGAAUAGAAAACAAAGGACACGUGGUCCUUGUGCCAUGGGAGCAGGGACUGAAGAUUGUUUGCUAUGGGCAAUGUACUAUUGCUGAAAUAACCGCACUCGAAGCCUCCUCCACCUAAUUCACUAAAUUCACUCAAUGCAAGACCUGGUUGUUGCGCUUCAAAAUAUCAAAGGCACUAGAUUAAGGGACCGUGAAGAUAACGUACGACUUUGGCGGAACAGGUUCGAGACCUGGCAUGAUGGGAAUCGAAAGCCAGACUUUAAAAUCAACUCGAGUAAGUCCCCGAAUAGCAUCCAUCGCAUCGAUUGGAUAAGUUGGCCAUCCUUUUAUAGGUGUUUCUGUGUCGUGGGGCGGCCCUUCCAGUGGUAAGAAACCGGUCGGUAGUUGGACGUCUGUUCUUCCGAUCAUGGUGUUGCCAUCGACGUCGUCGUCGACUACAUCAUCGUGAGUUAUCCUACGUUGACGUUGGCCAUCGCUAGAGCUCGCCUCGGUAGCAGUCUGUGCAGGAUCGGUUCCGGGCCUCAGGAUCAUUGAAUCGGAUUGUGUGGGACUGUGGAUACCUGAGGCAGUAGCUGGUGCCCCAGGCACCAGCUGCCUGAU